CGUCUUUGAAACACCUACAGCGCCAAACUUGGGCUCCUGCAACGGGAAAAUGAACACCGAUGCAGAAGAGCCGCAGUGGCGGAAAGUGCACUCUGUGGCGGGAGUGAUACCGCGGUCCAGACACGGACACCGAGCCGCAGCGAUACGAGAGCUCAUUAUAGUGUUUGGUGGUGGAAACGAGGGGAUAGCAGAGGACCUCCAUGUCUACAACACUGUGUCAAAGCAGUGGUUUCUGCCUGCUGUGAGGGGGGACAUCCCACCUGGCUGUGCUGCCCAUGGCUUUGUUUGCGAAGGCACACGAAUACUGGUGUUUGGUGGCAUGGUGGAAUAUGGCAAAUACACUAACAGUGUCUAUGAACUUCAGGCUAGUCGCUGGCUGUGGAAAAAACUGAAGCCCAGAGCACCCAGGAAUGGUUCCCCUCCCUGCCCUAGAAUUGGACACAGCUUCACUCUUGUGGGUAAUAAAUGUUACCUGUUUGGAGGACUGGCCAAUGACAGUGAAGACCCCAAUGGCAACGUACCAAGGUAUCUGGGUGACUUUUAUGAGCUGGAGCUUCAGUCAGCAUCAGGUGCAAGAGGCUGGACCAUCCCAGAUACAAAAGGUAGCGGUCCUUCAGCACGGGAGUCUCACAGCUCAGUGGCCUACACUGGGCUUAAUUCUUCAAAGCUCUAUAUUUUUGGAGGAAUGCAAGGAUCCCGGUUGAACGACCUCUGGCAGCUUGAUCUUGACACAAUGGUGUGGUCAAUUCCUGAAACAAAAGGCUGCAUACCACUUCCCAGAAGCCUUCACUCUGCCAAUGUUAUUGGAAACAAGAUGUAUGUUUUUGGAGGCUGGAUUCCUGUUCCAGAAUCAGACAAUCACAAUGCUUCAGGGACCAAGUGGAUUUGCACUAAUUCUUUAAAUUUGCUCAACUUGGAAACUAUGAGGUGGCAGAACUUGGGCCCAGAAGAGCAGGAUGACAUUGAGUCCCAGCUCCAGAGUCAGGGACCCCAGAGUGACGAUCCUUAUGCAUGUGGGCCCAAAUCCAGAGCCGGCCACUGUGCUGCCACCGUCGGAUCAAGGCUUUACAUUUGGAGUGGUCGUGAUGGAUAUCGCAAGAGCUGGAACUACCAGGUCUGCUGCAAGGAUCUGUGGUACCUGGAGACAGAUCAACCAGCAACCCCAGAGGCAGUAUUACUCAUUAAAUCCACAGUCAGCAUGCUUCACGUAGCGUGGCGCCCCCUGGCUGCAGCUGACUGCUACAUCCUUCAGAUCCAACCUGUGUGUCCUAAAACUGCAACCAGCAACUCACCUGCCAAACCAGAUGAAAUCAAGCAAACAGGUGGACAAGUGGUGAAUAAAGAUCUUCUUGGUGUCCAGUCUUCUCAAGCUGAAAAUGAAGGAACCACUAACAGAGAAGAGACAAGUUUAUUAACUUCUACUCGGGAAGGAAAACUUCAAAAUAUAUAUACAGACACCCUGAAACAGCAGGAAACAAAAGUAAAAUCAUCCAGUGGCUCCACAGAAACAACAGGAGGAAGGUGUGCUGCUCGGAGAGACUCUGAAGUGUCAGACUCAAAAAUCAGCUCUGCUGGUCAGGAGACAUCAGUACCAGAGGUCAGCAGUUCAACUCGGCACCAGUCAGACAAACCUGUCUCUACUGACAGUCCAGAUGAAGCAGUGUGGUUUGAUGUUGGCGUGUUUAAAACACUCUUCUCUGAGGUCGGUCACUACUUUCUCCCUGCUGACAGUGACCAGGUAACUUCACCUGUCAGCAACCGACUGCAGAAUCCUAAAGAGCCCUUUCACAAGAGGAAGCUACCAGGACCUCAGGACUACCAGGGCAGGGAGAAACAGCAACUUAAUCCGGGUCAGACCUACAGGUUCCGGGUUGCAGGCAUCAACUGCUUUGGCCAGGGGGUCUUCAGCCCCAUCAGUGAGUUCAAGACCUGCCAACCUGGUUUCCCUGGAGCGCCCUCUGCUGUCAAGAUUGCCAAGGUCAGUGAUUCGGUUCACAUCACAUGGGAGUCUCCGGCCUCUUCUUCAGGCCGUAUCCUGGAGUAUUCCAUGUAUAUGGCAGUGAGGAAAAGCCGUUCCAGCACUUCAGAGCGUCAGAGUCAGAUGGCCUUCAUCAGGAUUUACAGAGGCAUCAAGACGUCCUGCACGGUUAACUCCACCCACCUGGACAAUGCCCACAUAGAUUGCUCCGCCUCCAACCGACCAGCUGUUGUGUUCCGCAUCGCUGCCAAGAACGAACAAGGCUACGGCCCAGCAACGCAGAUCCGCUGGAUUCAAGAUCACAGUAAACUGCGAGCAUCUGCAUCCAAAGCAGACAGCGGAGCCAAGGAUGACCAGGACACUGCUGACAGCUCCAGUUGAAAACAUUUGGUCCAAUAUUUUUGUGAAAGAGUGCUCUCAGGAAGUUGACGAUGAACACCACUCAGAUGUUGUAUAUUAUUUUAGAUUUAGAUAUUUUUGUUAAGUUAUUUUUGUAUGUAUUUAAUUAUUCCCUUGUAAAUAUAUAGUGUAUGUUAAUUGGAAAUAUAACCACUUGACUAUUUUACAAAUGCUUUGUUAACAAUAGUUAAAUGUGAUAUGAUGUUGAUCGAGCUACAAUUGCGAGUCAUAUUUUCAAAACUAUAAUGGUGCCUUAGUGCUGACUUCACCACCUGCUAAUGUUAUAUGUGUCUAUCAGAUUGUGAAGUGGUAAGAUGUUUUGUUAGCAUUGAUCACUUUUCUAAUUUGAAACCAAACGGUGAGGUUUUGAAAUAUGAAUCGUCUUUUUAAUGGGAUGUAGUUUAUAAUCACUUCCUGUUCACAUUUUAGUUUCACUAUUGUCACAAUCAUUGAUCCCAGUGUAAUGUAUCUAUGAUUAUCAGCAUGGCAGUGCCGUUAUAAGUGAAUCCUAUUAUCUGACUUAAAAAGGAAUGUGCAGCAGUACUCCUCAAUUUAUGAUAAUAAUAAUACACAUUUCAAUCAAAGAAAAACUUCAGCAGCAUGGAGUUUGCAUGUUCUCCCUGUCUGUGUGGGGAUUUUCUCUGGGUUCUCUGGUUUACUCCCACAGUCCAAAAACAUGCAGAUUUAGGGAUUGGGUUAAUUGGACACUCGAAAUUGACUGUAGGCUUGAGUGUGAGAGUGAAUGGUUGUUUGUCUCUAUGUGAAAGAUAAAGCGGUAGAAGAUGGAAAAACUUCAGAAGAGGUUUGUGUGUGUGUGUGUCCAUGCACUGUACUUGGUGCCUAUCUGUUGACCAUAAGGUAUUACUUCACCUUUUUCCAUCUCGUAAGAGAGCUUUUUUAAAUGUUUUUGUUAUGAACUAAUCCCGCACUUGUGUAUCAAUAUCAUGAAUGUUAAUGAAACACUAACAUUCAUGAUAUCAGUUACAUUUAUUUUGCUGACAAAAGAAGCACUGUGUCUAGCAUUAUUAAUGAUGUAAACUAUCUUUAAUCAGUCAGCUGUUCACAUGAAGUGCAGUAUCAUUAAAGACUUGAACUGAUAAGA